UACCUGCCCGCAUCGCGGCGGCUCUGGCACCCUCUCUGCCAGCUGGGCUUCUGCUGAGACCUGCAAAAAGGGCAUGAGCUAGCCCCCGGACUGCCUGACAGCUAGACAUGGGGGCCACCCGGCAAGGGAAAGGCUGCAGCGCCAACCGGGCUGCCUGCCUACUGGCUAUUCUGCUCUGUCAUCUUGAAUUGAUGGGAGCUGAGCCUGUGCCGGUAACUGACAAGAAGACAAUAUUUCAGCCGUCUGGGAAAUAUAACAACACUGAACUUGGGCGUAAAAAAAUCCCACCCUGUGACAAAUGCCCAGCUGGCACCUAUAUGUCCAAGCACUGUACUGAGUCUGACCUCCGGGAGUGUAGCCCGUGCCCCAGUGGCACCUUCACUAAGCACGAGAAUGGGAAUGAAAGGUGUCAUCCUUGCAGUCCGCCAUGCGAGCAGACUAUGGUCACAAAAACAGUUUGUUCUGCCUUGUCUGAUCGCGAGUGCUCAUGCCCACCUGGCACAUAUCUCAUCAAUGGCACUUGUGCCAACCACACGGUGUGCCCGGUAGGAUGGGGUGUGAAGAAGAGAGGGAGCGAAACUGAAAACGUCAGGUGCAGGAUGUGCUCCCAUGGUACCUAUUCUGAUGUGCCUUCCAGUACAAUGAGAUGUAAGACCCAUACCAACUGCUCCGAGCUUGGCCUGGUGAUCACCAAGCUUGGUACGAAAGAACAAGACAAUGUAUGUGAACCGCUUUCUUCAUCUCCUUCUACAGACCUCUACUCUCCGCCCACUGAUUAUGAGCCCACAGAUGUUUACAACGAAACUGAAAAGAAUGAAACUAGAUACUUGAACAUGACUGAAGACCCGGGAGCAGGACACCAUCAAAGACCUCAUGAGAAGCCUCCCCAGCUGAUGGAAGGGGCCCAGCCGCCAGGGGUGGCGAAAGGCGGAGGGGAAGGACUUAAGAACACGGUCUUUAAGACCACCAAGCGGGGGCCUCCACGACAAGUCCCACACCAUUUUGACAUUAAUGAGCACUUACCUUGGAUGAUUGUACUUUUUUUGCUGCUCGUACUUGUGAUCAUUGUGGUUUGUAGCGUCAGGAAAAGCUCACGCACACUCAAAAAAGGACCAAAGCAGGAUCCAAGUUCUAUUGUGGAGAAAGCUGGCUUCAAGAAGACCACAGCCGUGACCCAGAACCGAGAGAAAUGGAUCUACUACUGUAAUGGACAUGGAAUUGAUAUUCUUAAGCUGGUGGCAGCUCAGGUUGGCAGCCAGUGGCAAGAGAUCUACCAGUACUUGUGUAAUGCCAACGAGCACGAAGUAGCAGCCUUUUUCAAUGGUUACACUGCAGAUCACGAGCGGGCCUACGCAGCCUUACAGCACUGGACCAUCCGAGGCCCUGAAGCCAGCCUGGCAAAACUCAUCAGUGCUUUACGCCAGCACCGGCGCAAUGACGUGGUGGAGAGGAUCCGUGGCCUCAUGGAGGCUACUGUACAGAUAGAAGAUGAGACGCUUACUCUCCAGGUGAGCGCCAACCAGCCCGUGCCAGCUCCUGAUUCCUGCCUCAAGACUCCUGACCCAGCUGCACCACCUACAGAGCCUUCCCCUCUAGACAAGAGCAAAGGUUUCUUCACAGAUGAGUCUGAACCUCUCCUUCGCUGUGACUCCACCUCCAGCGGCUCCUCGGCUCUUAGCAGAACAGGUUCAUUUAUAACCAAAGAAAAGAAAGACACCGUCCUGCGCCAGGUCCGCUUGGACCCCUGUGACCUGCAGCCUAUCUUCGACGACAUGCUGCCAAUUCUGAGUCCAGAAGAGCUGCAGGUCAUUGAUAAGAUACCGCAGGUGGAGGACAAACUGGACCGCCUCUUCGAGAUCGCCGGUGUCAAGAGCCAGGAGGCCAGCCAAAAACUCCUGGACUCAGUCUACAGCCACCUCCCCGACCUGCUGUAGCCUUAAAAAUGAGAGUUGAGAGUUCAGCUUGCCUUGUACAAGUGAUUUCACUGCUUCCUUCACAUCAUCCAUGACCAUCAUCACCACUUAAUACAACCCACCCAAGGCCAACACAACUGGCAUUUUGUCUGGAUGCUUAAAAUGAAACUGCAAAUAUCUUCAUUUGCAGGUUUGUACAUAUCAUGUUUCUUUCAGUUUACGGGAAUACGGCUCUCUUCAUUGGCAGAGCACAUUUUUUUUUUCCAUACGUUUUCAUGAGUUGGACAUCACUUGGGGCAUCUUGUCCAGUAUGACAUAAGAAUUUUGUUGCAUUCAGAAGGCAUUCCAAGCUCACUCAGCACCGUAUGAUAAUCGUGAUCCAUUCUGCAGCCAGAUCGACUGGGAUCCCGUACUCUACGUAGCACGGCCUUCUGUCCAGCGCCAACAGCAGCUUAACAGUGUUUAUUGUUGAACUUUGGGCCGCUGAUCUGUUUUUGGAUUACAGGUAAUGGCUGGAGAUGACGCCUGCCCUUCCAGGCUGACACAUAGACUUAUAAUGCAUGGUACAUACCUAUACUGCAGCUGGUACGCCGAAGAUCGUUUAGGAUCCUUACAUGGAGAUUCUAUUACCGCACUGAUGACUGUUUCCAGGAUUGGCUGAUGACAUUCUUAAAUGCUGAACUCGUCUUAAUUACCACACCUUCCUCCACACCUCUGG